CUUCUUCUUCGUUUUUCCUCUCUCCUUUCUCUCCCGGCUUCCAGCUUCCGGCGACCAGUUCCCGGCCAAGUUGCAGGCCCGAUCACACUGCCGGAGAUUCUCGCCCUCCUCCUCUCUCAGAGUUCAGAUCUGUUAAGAAGCCAUUAGAGCGUUUCUUGAAGAAGAAGAAGAAGAAGAAGAAGGAGAGGAGAAAUGGAGGGACUACGAAAUGUGAGCUCGCAUUGUUCCAUCUCGGACAUGGACGACUACGAUCUUUCGAGGCUUCUGGACAAGCCGAGGCUCAACAUUAAGAGGGAGAGGUCCUUUGACGAGAGGUCACUCAGCGAGCUCUCCAUUGGUCUCGCCAGGGCUGGAUUGGACAACUUGGAUAGCUCAUACUCCCCCGGGGGAAGGUCCGGUUUCGACACUCCUGCUUCGUCCACUCGCAACUCCUUUGAGCCGCAUCCUAUGGUUGCCGAGGCGUGGGAUGCUCUCCGUCGCUCUCUGGUGUUCUUCCGAAACCAGCCGGUGGGGACCAUUGCUGCUUAUGAUCACGCCUCUGAGGAAGUCUUGAACUAUGAUCAGGUUUUUGUGCGUGACUUUGUACCAAGUGCUCUGGCUUUCCUGAUGAAUGGUGAGCCUGAGAUAGUGAAAAACUUUCUCUUGAAGACUCUUCAGCUUCAAGGGUGGGAAAAAAGAAUAGACCGGUUCAAGCUUGGAGAAGGUGCAAUGCCUGCAAGCUUCAAAGUUCUUCAUGACCCUAUUCGGAAGACGGAUACUAUCCAUGCAGAUUUUGGUGAAAGUGCAAUUGGACGAGUUGCUCCUGUUGACUCUGGUUUCUGGUGGAUUAUACUGCUCCGUGCAUAUACAAAGUCAACAGGGGAUUUAUCUCUGGCGGAAACAGAAGAUUGUCAAAAGGGCAUGAAGCUUAUACUGACUCUAUGUCUGUCAGAAGGUUUUGACACAUUCCCAACUUUGCUUUGUGCUGAUGGAUGCUCUAUGAUUGAUCGUAGAAUGGGAAUAUAUGGUUAUCCUAUUGAAAUUCAAGCUCUGUUCUUUAUGGCGCUCAGAUGUGCUUGUGCAUUGCUAAAACCUGAUACUGAAGGAAAAGAAUUUAUAGACCGAAUUUCAAAGCGCUUGCAUGCCUUAAGCUACCACAUGCGGGGUUACUUCUGGCUUGAUUUCCAACAGUUAAAUGACAUAUACCGUUAUAAAACUGAAGAGUACUCACACACUGCAGUCAAUAAGUUCAAUGUCAUUCCUGAUUCCAUCCCAGACUGGGUAUUUGAGUUUAUGCCUACACGUGGUGGCUACUUUAUUGGCAAUGUGAGUCCUGCAAGGAUGGAUUUUAGAUGGUUUGCUCUGGGUAAUUGUAUCGCAAUUCUAUCUUCUCUUGCAACCCCAGAGCAAUCAAUAGCUAUAAUGGAUCUAAUUGAAGCUCGCUGGGAAGAGUUGGUCGGAGAAAUGCCGCUAAAAAUUGCUUAUCCAGCAAUUGAAAGUCAUGAGUGGCGAAUAGUUACUGGUUGUGAUCCUAAGAAUACCAGAUGGAGCUACCAUAAUGGAGGUUCUUGGCCAGUGCUAUUAUGGAUGCUAACGGCUGCCUGCAUCAAAACGGGACGACCACAAAUUGCAAGAAAGGCAAUUGAGCUUGCUGAGAGUCGUCUGCUAAAAGAUUCUUGGCCAGAAUAUUAUGAUGGGAAACUAGGGAGAUAUAUUGGCAAGCAGGCAAGGAAGUACCAGACAUGGUCAAUAGCUGGAUAUCUGGUUGCGAAGAUGAUGCUAGAAGAUCCAUCACAUUUGGGUAUGAUCUCACUGGAAGAGGACAAGCAAAUGAAGCCUGUAAUUAGGAGAUCAUCAUCGUGGACGUGCUGAAAAGUUCAUCAAAUAAAGCUAGAGAAGAAAAUAGCAAAAAGAAGAAAAAAAGAAUAGAGGAAAGACAAACCGGUGAGAGAUACUUGUUAUUUCAUUGCAAACGCUACACCAUUCUUUGGAGGUUUCGAUCCCUGUAGACUUGAUUGAUGAUAUGGUUUUGUGUACAAUAGCAUUUGCUGAGACUAGCUUUACGUUUUCAAAUAAAAGAUACAUUUGGUCUUUUCUAUUUCAAA